UUACGCAGCCUUCGCAGUAGUGCCACAGUGCCAAGGCAUCUCCCCUCUUGCGCUUCCCCUCGUGCCCCUCUCCGCCGCUGCCUCCUCCGUUACGUUACGUGUGUUCCUGUGUUACGUGCAGAAGGAUACCCGAUGUCCCGCCAGAUCCCCAUGAUGUACCGCGACCCCUUCUUCAGGGACCGGGACCCCUUCUUCAGGGACAUCUUCUCCGACCGAGACAUCUUCGGCGAGCGGGAGAGGCGCGAACACGUCUUCGACCGGCCGUCCAAGCUCUUCGACCAGCACUUCGGCGCUUCCAUGGCUCCUGACGACGUAUCUGUCCCGAGUUCCUCCCUCUACAUGCGCUCCAGGAGGCCGCCGAAGGAAAGGUCGGGCGUCUCCCAGCUCUCUCAGGAUCAGGAAAAGUUUAUGAUGUGCUUAGACGUGCAGCAGUUCACGCCCGACGAACUGAAGGUGCGAGUGGUCGAGGGCGUGGUCGAAGUGGAGGGAAAGCACGAGGAGAGGGAGGACGAGCAUGGGUCCAUCUCCAGGCAUUUCCUUAGACAUCGCACUGACCUCCGCCCCCCCCAACAGAAGCUGGAGCCGCCCCCUCCGUCCCAGCGCGACGUGCCUAUCAAGAAGAGUGAUGACAAGCCCUAGGGAAUCGACCGUGCUGAUGAGCCUGAGCCGAGUGAUGAGUUGAUGAUGUGAUGAUGAGGCUGAAAUAAUUGUCUUUGGGGAUAUUAUGAAGUUUAUGUAGGGUUUAUUUUAUGCAUAGUGUUUAUUUUAGAAGAAAAGGGCUUUUUUUUAUUUUUGGUUUAUUCUGUGUGGGGCGUUUGUUUGUUUGUUUGUUUUCUUCUGCUUCUUAUUCUUGUUUAUUCUCCUUUUCCUCCUUCUUCUUCAUCUUUAUCGCAGUGUCACUCUCUCAGCUCUUUGGCUCAGUGUAACUCCUACGCACUGCUAUGUAGGCCUAUCCACUAUUUCUUUAAUGUUUCAUUUCAUUAAUACAACUAACACAAGAAAAGUAGUCUACACACUCUACGACUAUAAUUUAAUAACUACAGGAUUUUGCAUGAUUUACCUCGCUGUUUAAAUCACCAUAGUUGUCUAAAAGAGGUUUUGUUGAAAGCAAACUGUUAAGUCACGCCGUCUGUUUCCCGUAUUCUAUUUAUAUUUGCAUUACUAUUCCUUUCCUCUUAUGUUUUUUUGUGUUUUUAUUCUAUCUCUCUCUAUACAUAUCUGUUUUCGAAUCAUAUCAUCCUUAAUUCUGUAUCCUCGUGCUUUAUAUAAAAAAGUACUGUAAUUGUUAUUGUAAAGGAAAAUAUGGUAACUUACACGUAACAUUCAGCUUUGCCGAAUCUAUUAAGAGAAUUGAUUAAAAAUUGUUGUUGAAAAUAGCAAAUUCUAAUGAAAAGAACGUAAAAAAUAAUAAAUACGUGUAAAAAAAGAGUAUUAAGUGUCAGCUGAUUAGAAAAAAAAACAAGUGAUUUAGCGAAUCGAAGUUGUCCAGAGCCCGGCUUGAGUUGCCAGUUUUUUUUUACCCCUAUUACUAUAGUAUUUUUCAAGCAAAAAAAAAGCUGGUUAGUCAUUUUAGCCUUCUUUGUGUAUUCCUAAUACGCUUAAUUAUUUAAACAUCAUUACAUCGCUGUAUUCUACAUCAAUAGAUUAUUUCACCCGAUUCUUUGCCACCGAUUAAUCUCUUCUCCUUUACAAUAUUGCUAAUUAGUAUACACAUGUAUUUUCGUAGAUAUUUGUAUGUCACUCAAUCUAAAUGCUAACGCCGAGGCUUUAUCUUACGUAAUGCAGCCAUCUGUACAAGCCAAGUAUAGGAAAUACCAUUAAAAUUUCGCUAAUGUAUACUCUAAUAAACUAAAAUCAUA